AUGUGGUCGUUUUUCGGUGGUGGUUCGGCCCAAUCAAAGAAGGAUGCGCCUAAAAAUGCUAUCCUUUCUUUAAGACAACAGUUGGAUAUGUUGCAGAAGAGGGAAAAAUAUUUAGAAACGCAGAUGAUGGAACAGGAUGCUAUCGCAAGGAAGAAUGUCACGACAAACAAGAAUGCUGCCAAAGCUGCCCUACGAAGGAAAAAAGUCCACGAACGGUCCCUUGAACAAACACAGGCCCAGCUCAUCCAGAUUGAGCAGCAAAUAUUUUCUAUUGAAGCCGCGAAUAUUAACCAAGAAACGCUUAAUGCGAUGAAGACUGCCGGAGCUGCUAUGAAGCAAAUUCACAGUGGCCUUACAAUCGAGAAGGUUGAUGAGAUGAUGGACCAAGUACGUGAGCAACAUGCACUUACGGAAGAAAUUUCAUACGCCAUCACAAAUACCUCGAUUGGCGAACCGGUGGACGACUCGGAACUGGACGCUGAGCUCGAAGGCAUGGAGCAAGCCGCCAUUGAUGAACGUAUGCUUAAGACGGGAACUGUCCCUGUGGGAGAUAGACUCAAUACGCUACCCUCUGCGGCGAAUGGAGAGCUCAAAGGUGAACCCGAGGCCCAACCCGAAGAAGACGACGAAGAGGCCGAGCUUGAGAAAUUAAGGGCCGAGAUGGCGAUGUAA